AUGUCUUUAGCGGGACACAUUCGAAUUUUUCUUAGAGUUCGCCCAACUGAGCGACCAUCUCGAGGAGUUUCCUUAUCCGAUGAUAGCACCACCCUAGAUGUUCACAUCCAAAAAAGAGACGCCAGAGAUUACGUAAACAAUCAAAAAGAAGACUAUAAAUUCCAAUUUGAUGAAAUUCUCCCUAUGAAAACAAAGCAAGAAGAAGUCUUCGAAAAAGUCGCCAAAGAAAUCGUGGACUCUGUGAUGGAAGGAUAUAACGGCACAAUCUUUGCAUAUGGACAAACUGGGUCUGGAAAAACUUAUACCAUUACAGGAGGCGCUGAAAGAUAUGCAGACCGAGGGCUGAUCCCUCGUUCUAUUUCUUAUAUAUUUUCAGAAAUGAGGAGAAAAACAGAUGCAAACUACAGAGUCAGCAUUUCUUACUUAGAAAUUUAUAAUGAUGAUGGCUAUGACUUAUUAUACGAAGACCAGUCAGCUAGAAAUCUGCAUGACCUCCCAAAAGUAAUCCACAGAGAAGACGCCAAUGGAAAUAUAACAUUAAGCAAUUUAUCAUUGAGAAGGACAGACACAGAAGAAGACGCCCUUAACUUAUUAUUUAUAGGUGACACAAAUCGUGUUGUCGCUGAAACUCCCAAACACGACGCCUCUACACGGUCUCACUGCAUUUUUAUUAUACAAAUUGAAGCCCAAAAGCUUGGCAGCGACGUAAAAACAGUUUCCAAGCUUCAUUUAGUAGAUCUUGCAGGAUCUGAAAGAGUCGGAAAAACCAACGUUGACGGCGUUUUGCUUCGAGAAGCCCGCUUUAUUAACCAAUCUUUACAUUACCUUGAACAAGUUAUAGUAUGUCUCCAGAAAAAAUCACAAGGCGAACAGAUUUUUGUCCCUUAUAGAAACUCUUUUAUGACUUUAGUAUUAAGAGACUCUUUAGGAGGGAACUGUAAAACUACUAUGAUUGCUGCUAUGAGCUGUGAAGAAGGGGACAUGGACGAAUCCGUUUCUACCUGCAGAUUUGCCCAAAGGGUAGCUUGUAUUAAAAAUGAAGCUUCUAAAAAUGAGCAGCUUGACCCUUCGUUGAUUAUACAAAGACUUAAAAGCGAAGUCGCUGAGCUUAAAGCAGAAAUUAAGCUACUUAAAGGUGGAGAAGAUGGAAGGGACCAUUUAUCAGCUGACGAGCUAGAAGAAUGCAGAAAAAUGGUAGAGGAGUAUGCAGAAAAUCGAGACCCAUAUGCAAAAUUAGUACUGAGUGAUAUGCUGAAAAUAAAUGAGUGCUUUUUGCAUCUUAAAAGGCUUUAUAAUCAGCUGAAAUCACAAGGGGGAAGCACCAAAGGAGGGAACUAUAAGCAGAUUGACCAAGUUUCUAAUGAAGAAGUAGAAAGACUGAGACUUUUAGUACAGCAGAGGGAUAAUGAAAUUGCUAUAUUACUAACUCCCCCCCCCCUCCGUGAGCGAACAAAACCAUUAGAAAAAUCCCUAUUUUUUGGUCAAAAACCCACCCUCCGUGAGCGAACAAAAAAUUUUUUUACAUAUAAUUUUAUAUAUAGUUUUAUUAUAUCUAUAUUUAAUACAAAUAAAGAGGAUAAUAUUGAAAAAUAAUUAUUAAGUUUGUUUGAUAUAUUAUUCAAAGGGUUAAAAAAAAAAGAAUACCAUAAGUGAAAAGGUUGAAUUUAACAAUUUUAAAUUUAAGACAAAAAAAUGAAUAGAAGAAAUCGAUUAGAUAAUUAACUUCUUCAUAUUAACUUGAUGGCUGAAAAUCUUUGGAUGAUUAACGCCAUAAGAACCCGUCAACUCAAAUGAUUUUCUGACAAGUUGAGGGCUUACAGCAUCUCACGCCUUUGAAGCAAUGUUUAUCAGUUGCUGGCGAUCAAGAGCUUUGAGGUUUCCAGUUCUUUUCGAUCUUCUUUCAAUCUGCUCUGUUUGGAAUUUGAUUCUGAAAUCUGUUGUUUUUGAUUUGAAAUUUGCAAUUACCAGUGCGUCAAGUGGUUGCAAAUACUUUUUGUGCACCCUCCAGGGAUCACAAUUUUGGUUGCAUCUAAAUCUGAAAUUGCAUUAGAAAUCAUGAUAGUUUUAUGACUUCCAGCCUGAUCAUAAAUCAGCAGUUGGUUUUCUCGUCUCAAUAUUGUUCUGAGGUAGUCAUUAAGAAUCUGGUCAGAAAUGUAGCCAGAUUUAUUUGAUUUUAUGAUGACAUUUUCUGGAAUAUUCAGUCUUUCUCUUACAAGGUUCGGGAUCUGGCCAUUUUUCUCUUGAAAAAUGAGCAAAGCAGGCAUUUUUUCUCCAUCAGCUCUAAUCAUAAGCAUAACAGUGAUAAAAUGUUCAUUUUAGCUGAUUGAACGCCUAGAAUUCGUUGAGUUCCCUUGAAAUCAUAAGUGAACUUGCUUUUUACAUCUCAAUCAAAUCUCGUUUCAUCGAAAUUGUAAAUGUUAGAUGGAACGAAUUGAGGAAGCAAUGACGCUAAAUCAUCUAGGUAUUGCCUGACAAGUUCUGCCUCUUUUUCGAUUGGCUUAAUGCUUGAGGCAUUGAUUUUUCUGAAAGAUAAAUUAUUCUGGUCCUAAAUCCUUGCCACCAUUUAUCUCCACAGCCGAAUCGCGCCAAUCCCAUUUCUGCCGCCAAACUUUUUGCUUUCUCCUCAAUCUUUGAUCUGAGAACCUGAAUACCUUGCUCACGGAUUGCAGUAAACCAAUGAACUAGUUCUUUCUCUAGCUCUGGAAAUUGAGUGAAGCUUUCUAAUUUUAAUUUUUUAUCAGAUUUUACUGAUUUCUUCAACUCAUCAAGCUUAUUCACCCAUUCGGAAAUCGAGCUAAAGGAGUUGACAUGAAACUUUGCAGCAACAUCUCUCAUGCUCAUCUCAUUUUGGUGUUGAAUGUAAAAUUCAGCAAUUUCAACUUUCUGCCAAAUUUCAAUGUACUUUCUUUUCCCUUUGUACAUUUUUAUUAUGAUUUAUAGAGAAUUUGCUUAUUAUAUUAAAUAAGAAAAUAUAUAAAAUAUUUUAACUGAAUGCAUAUAUUUAUUACUAAUAGGUUUAUUGAUUAUUAAAUUAUUGAAAAAUUAAGCUGUGUUUUACCUUUAAUCAAAUGGUAUUCUUUUUUUUUGGGAAAUUCCCUUACUCUCCCCCCAUAAUAUUUUUAAAAUAAUUUUCAACUUAUAAAAAAAUAUUAUUUUACAAUUAAAAAUUUAUAUAUAAUUUUUUUUAAAAAAUAAAAAUUAACCCCCCUCCGUGAGCGAACAAAAAUUUUUUGUUCGCUCACGGAGGGGGGGGGGAGUAAGCCAUUUAAAUAAGCAAAAAAAUGAGAUGGGAUCCCUAGUUUCUUUUCCUCAGCCAAGCUACUCAGAAGAAACCAAAGUCCCAGAUUCUCCUCCAAAAAAAGUGGAUAUGAGCAUGAGGAUAAGGGAAAGAAAUGCAGUAGAAAAUCGGCAAAGCUUAAUGGCCCCUACAAAUAUUGACGUCACUCCUGAGCAGCUGCAGGACAGGAAUAAAGCUUUUGAUAUUUUCAGAAAAAGCUAUAGGAAAAAUGAAGCCAUGGAAGAAAAUAAAGCACUUUUGAAAGAAAAAAUCCAGAGGGCAAAAGACUUGACUGUGAUUAUUAAUGGAGCAAGAGGCAGGAUUGAGUCAAUAAAAAAUGAAAUAGAGCAGCUGAGGAAGGAAAAUGCUUUGCAAGGACUUGUGGAUAAAAAUAAUGUACCUUUAGAGCAUCCCAGAGAAGAAGGAAUGAGAAAUCAGCUGGAAAGCGAUAAACUGACUUAUCGUGAUGGUGUCGCUGAGUUGAAGGAUCUAAAGGUGGAAAUUGAAAGAAUACAGAAAUUGCUUAAUGCGAGUAGAGAAAGAAUGCAGGCUGAUUUUGAAGCGUGGAUACAAGUGAUGCUAACUCAAACUAGGCAGACUCCGUCUACUACUAUAAGAGACUCGUCAGUAAGAGACUCUGCAAGUAUAAGGGAAUCGUCAGUGAGAGAUUCUGCAAGCAUAAGGGAAUCGUCAAUUAGAGAUCCAAGCGUAAAUGACAACUUAGAAGCUUUUUAUAAGGCUCGUGACCAAAUUUAUAAUAGAAUGAAUUAA